GAUUUUCGAUCUUGUAAUGCCAGCCGGUCGUAUCGAGAAUAUCAGUGAUACGUUCGAUAUUUUAUUCGAGUCUAUUCGAGUACGCCGCUCGCCGCGACACGGAAGAGUGUCGAAUAAAUACAGGAUAAAAUAUAUCCACUGUCGAGUUGCGCGAUCCCGGUAUAUUCAGCCCAUUUAAAGAAUGAAUUUUUGUCUGCUUCUCCUACUGUUGUCGGGCUGUAUUUUUGGCUCUACUUACGGGAUGCUGUAUCGACGGGACUCCGAUAACGUUCUGAAGCCCGAUCUUCUGCCGGUGUCGUCAACUGUUAUGCCGCUGCCGUUUUAUUCUGUAUACGGAUUCGAAAAGAAAUUGCUCCGUGACAAAAAUAAAAAGCGACCCGAGGGGAAAAUUUCACUUAUCACGAAACGCAAUCAAUAAAUACGAGAUAAAAUUGAGA